AUGGAUGCAGACGAGCUCGACGACUUGGAGUCUCCUGUCAAGAAAACAUUUGGCAGUCGUGCUCGUCGACUAAACAUAUUCGGAAACAACACUACCGACAUACCUACCAACGCAUUCGCAUCUAACGGGAGCGGUGAAGGUUCCAAAGCUCCUCCCAAGCCGAGAAGAAAUAGCGGAUGGGCAGAAGAUAAUUCGUCGUCCGGGCUGUUUCGCUUCAGACGGUCGUCUGCACGUCCCCCAAGCACCGUCCCGAUAGAAGCGUCAAAAUUGACGAGAAAUGAGACCGUUCUGGAAAGGGACGACUCCGACUCGGAGAUCCCAAGCAUACCCGACUUGGGAGAAGUUGAAUAUGAUGACCUUGCUACUCAGGUAGCCCAAGCUCCGAGUGUUUCUGUGAAUCAGGUCGACACCUUUCAGCAACUGGACAAUGAGCUGCUGAAGCAGGCAGCGUUCACAACGCUUGAUGGCUGCGAUCUCAGACUGCUUACUAAGUACUUGACUCCCGAAGAAUACCUUAAGGAGCCAGACGCAGUGUGGACAUGGGACACCCUUUUCACUGAAGUGGCUGCUGAGAUCAACAAGUCAAGCGACAACAGCCAAGAACCUGAUGACAAGCAAAACAUACCAGUGUGAUCGCCUUUAUUCCUACGCUCAGUUUCAUACAUAGCAGGCAAUGCUACAAAGGCUAGAGACUUCUCUCAUUGCUCGCAUUAGCAACCAAAAAAUUGUGUGCCACAUAUGAAAGCUAUGCAUCAUGUAAUUUUCUAUAACAUUAUCAUCCUUUUAUGUAGCAAAAUAUGAUGUUAUUACAUAGAAGGUGUUGUAAAUCUGAACCUACAUGCCAGUGAACAAAGUGACAUUUUUCUUUGACCUGCAGCCACAGCGUACCGAAUGCGCUCGCAAUCAAAAUAUAGCAUGUCGCAUACUGGAAGCACAAAGGCGCACAAAUAGGAUUAUACGAUUGGACAUAACUUUAAAUCAGCAAGUUGUGGUAUAAAGUGGUAUAGUUAUUCCCUAGAAGGCAUUGCAGAUCAAAUACAACUGCAGUGCAAAAUGCAUGAAGUGAUACAUCUAUGACGGUACCACUUGCACAGCUUCCGCAACGUUGCCUGGUAUGUAUAUGAAACAGAGUGUCGACAUCGAAAAAUAAACUUUCAUAAAAUGCAA